UUGGGAGUAUUCCUCUGAGUAUCUCGCUCAUGUUUGCCCCUCUCAUCAAGAUGGCUUCGGAAAGAUUCGGCUAUCGCUCGGUAUCUGUAUUCGGCAUCUUGAUGGUUUCGGCUGGGAUCUUCGUGACAUCAUUCCUACCGAGUCUCCUUCCCAUGUUCGGUACAUACGGCUUGAUGUCCGGGAUAGGUGCUGGUGUUGUAACCGUCUGUGCCUUUGAUCUGAUCGUGUUAUACUUUCCAGAAAAGAAUACGAUGCGAGCAGUGGCCAUCGCUGUUACAGGGUCAACAGCAGGUAUGUUGUCACUAACACAAGUCAUGGAUCUUACUAUAAGAGAAUUCGGCUGGAGGAUCACGCUAAGAAUUAUGGGAGCCCUCCUCUUUGCCGUUGGACUUCCAUGCGCCCUUACCUACACACUUCCCGUAGAUCAACAAGAACACAAUAGGAAAAGUAAAUACUGCAAAGUGAUAUUUAAACCUGACGAUACGACUGUCGAUAAAGUAUCCGAAGCGGUAGCUGAUCUAGAAAAGUGCCCCUUGAAUUUUCCAUAUCAUUCUAAGAUGGAAGUAGAAUCAAACAAGAUGUUUAUAUCUGGUAGUCCGCCAGCUUACAGAGUUGUAGACGGAUUGGGUGAAGAUACCACGAGUUGGCCCCUUGGAGAACAGCAUGUACACGCCAUUACUGAAAAGUCGGUUGGAGAUCGUAAUGUAGACGCUUAUUCCGAUGGUGAACCGGAAGUCAAAGAGCCAGAGAGUGCAGAGAAUCGCUAUCAUCAAUUGAUGACGAACUGUAAUGUGUCAUCUCAAACACCCUGGAGUGGAAGCGAGAGCGGUGAUGAUGAGAACGAUACGGUUGACGCAAUCAGGGUAAUCAACACGUUGAACGGCAUCUGGCAAAGCGAUGAAGACUCCCCAGCGACCAUUGCAAGACGUUAUCCGAUCAGUAACCAUCAAGGACCAACACUUUCGGUUGUUGGCCAUGCUGGUAGUGCCUUCCAACCAGAAAAGCCUCUUGAGGAUUUGCCAAAGCGUGGGAUGCUUCGGAAGAUCUGUACAACACUAACCUUCCCUGAGAUCUGGAUGAUUUCUAUUGCUACAAUACUCAAUGGAAUCGGCGACUGUUUCUAUUAUGUAAACGCGAUAAGCUAUCUUGUGUCCGUUGGCUUUGAGGAGCAGAAUGGUGUCCAAUUUGUGUCUUUCACUGCGGUGUCAAUUUUCGUUUUUAAAGUGGUCUUAGUUUUUAUUGGAGAGCAUCUUCCAUUUCCGAGAAUAUUCAUUCAAGUGAUAUCCAACGUUAUCAGUAUUAUUGUAUGGAUCCUGCUAAUGGUUGUUAGAAGCGUUAUACCCGUCUACUGCACGGCUGUUGUUGCUGGUCUUACCGUUGCCAUAACCAAUGUCGUCACGUUUAGUCUUGCUCCUGAUUUCUUUGGCCAAGAGCGGGCGAUGGAGACGUCAUCCGUCAUCUUCUUCUGCUAUGGGACUGGGUAUCUUCUUGGCUCUCUCGUGGGUCAAAGUAUUGACAACACAGGCUCUUACAAGGGCGCCCUUUGCGCUUUCAUCGGUAUGUACGUCACAUCCGGGAUCUUACUGCUCUUGGCGCCUCUGUAUCAACGCAUCUUUGCACCCGAACGGUUCGUGACCUUUUACAUACACCGGAGGAGACGGGAUGAGAGGAGGGAGAGGAACCGGCUGAGAAAGAAGGACAUACAUCGCUGUAAGGUUUCAAAUGGAGAUAUCAUCGUGUGUGAACAAGUGUCAACUGUUUAACAAUUCUUCUCAUUAACCCUCAGAUCAUUGUGGUGAUGAUCGUUAUUCCCUGGCCAAAAAAAACUAAGACAGAAUUUACAAGACCUGAUUUUAAAUUGAAUCCCAGAUCUACGAUGCAAAAAUCAAUGCGAAUAUCACAAGCAUGACAAGGACGUACACCGAAAGCCCACAUUACCGAAUUUUCAUGUGUGAAACAAAAAAAAUGAUAAUGGCCAGUAAUGUAUCCUUGAGGAACGCCAUAGUAUUACACCUGGGGAGCAUUUUAUAAAACGUUUUGUCUGUGAUUUUCACCGAAUAAUUUCCUCUCAGCCUCUCAGCCAAUCAGAAGCAAGGAUUUUCAGUAGCUUGUACCAUUACCAUCUGUCGGUGAAAGACACUCACAAAACUCUAUACGCUAUCAGAGCUGCUUUCGUGGGAUCACCUACAGUCCAAGACGUUUUCAGGGUGGCACCUAAAUGUGACCUUAUUGAAAAGCAACUUAACAAAAUAAAUUGUUUUCUUGAUGAAGGUUUUAUAUUAUUUUCAUUUUCCCUUCAUUUUAAUGAACUAGAGUUGGUUCGGUUCAGUUCACGGUGGAGCUCAAGAGUGUUAUCUGCUGAAUAUGCUAUCAUCAAGCCCACUAUUGUAAAUCAUAAUAAGGAAGCUUCAUGGUCUAGUGGUUUUGACUGGCGUUUCUUAAUCAGGGGGUUGUGGGAUUAUAUAUACAGUGCGUAUCAAAAAAAAGUUUACACUUUAAAAAAGCCCUGGGAAUUAAAGAAUAUACAACAUGUGGGUAAUAUUUUCACAUAUAAUCUUGGGUUUGGGUCUCAUCUAUCCAAUGAAAGUUAAAGAAAUCUGUUUGCGCAGUAAUGAUCGUUUUCACGCUGUGUCAAGGGGAAAGGGCGAAAUCAAACUUACCAUGCGAACCAUUUUUCAUACAUUUCCCUUGCACUUUUAGUCAAUUGAAAUAAAACGGAUACAUUCAAGCAUUUUGUAACAAUUUUGCCACCCAAAUUGAAAUUUCAACACUUAGUAAGCACAACCUUUACCCUUUUUGUGCCAGCUGGAUCUGAGGAAAUAGAUAAAUCUGAACAAAAGUUUAUAUCAGACAUCUCCAGCAUUUUUUCACUAAGGUUUUAUCAUUUAAAGUGGGUUUACAUUUCAUUUAUCAUUUAAUAUUUGAUUCUCUACACUUUUUCCAAGCUUGACAAUGAUUAAAAAAUGAAAAUCAAGCCUAAGGCAUUUCAUGUAAAUCACAGCUCAGUGUAAAGCAAAUAUCGUCACGAUGGCCUUGGUGUGUGGGGGAGUGGGGUGGGGCGCAAUGCACUCUUCGAAGUGUUUUGGGCAAGGGAACAAGUUAAGAAAGGUAAAAGAUAUCUUCAAAUCAAUUUUACUAGCUAAAUUCCACGUGUUGUUCAUGAUUAAGGUCUACUUUUAUUCGCAUAACUAUUUCAAAGUUCUGCGCAAAUAAUUUUUCACUAACUUUUCAAAAGUAAAUGGUGCUCACUCAAGCGGAAAUAUUUUUCGACAGUUAUAUCGUCAUUUGCUUAAAUGGAUCUGUACCAAUGUUAAAAUGUGGAAAAAUCUUCAGGAUAUUACAAAUGUAUAAUUUUACAGGAUUGUUUCUAAGUGUAAACUUUUUUUUGAUACGCACUGUAUAUAUAACAUGUAUAAUUAUUACCCUAUCAGACGUCUGAGCUAGUCAUUUACAAAACCGCAUUGCCCUACAUUUUUCUGAAUAUCGGGAACAUCAAAUAUAUUGCCCUUGAAAGAACUAUAUUGCCCUCGUCUAAAGACUUGGGCCAAUAUGAUGCAGUUGCGGGCAAUAUAUUUGAUGUUCCCCUUAAGGCCAGUCAAUAUUAUAUAAUUACAUAUAUAUAUAUAUUAUACAUGCUGCAUUAUGGUAAACACAUCAUACUUCAGGUGAAUAUAAACCUUUUAAUACAUUAAAUAAUAUUAAAUUUUAAUUAAUAUAUUAAAACUUAGUUUAACCCAUUUUCAAAAUUGGCUUAGAGCAAUCUUUUUUUUAAACAGAAUAAUUUAUUUUAUCUUUCAAAGAAAAAAUUGAAAUUUUCAUGAAUUUAUCUAUAUUGAAUAAUUGAUAAGUAUCUAUAUUUUGCAUGAAUUGGUGUAUGUACCCUGCAAUCUCAAUGUUUAUACUUGUAUAUUGAAAGAGAUGAGAUAAAAAUAAAAUCGAAAAUGCUGUAUUUAUCAUAAUGACAUUUAAGAUACCGGAAGAGUUGAUUGCUAUUAUGUGAAAGUAAAUAUUUACAGCCGUUGAUAAUUAAUCUUUGAACCUUUCUCUAAAAAAUCAAUCAUUUUGUCCUUGAAGUACUCUUAAUCGCCUGGGUGCUAACAUCUACAAACAUCUUUUGCUUAUGUUUUUCUUAUGUCAUGGCCGUACACAGCGGCGGGGGGGGGGGGGGGGAGUGUCCCCUCCAAAAAAAAAAAAGCGCUUGUUUCUUUUUACUAAAAUCACAAAAAUGUGUGCACAAAAUCAUUCAAUUUCACUUUGGAUUUAGCCAAAGCACCCCAUGACAAGCUCAGUCGCUUCGGUCCCUCGCCUUUGUGUUUCUUCGAAGAUAAUUUUGCCCCCACCCGGAAAAAAACUUUGUGUACGACCAUGUUAUAAUCUGCUCAUAUAACACAUUUAUGUCAAUACGAAUGUUAUUUCAAAAUGGUGAAAAAUGGAACAAACAAUCAAGACAAACAUUAGAGGAAAAUUUCGCUAAAUGUGGCCUUUGUGUAAACUUAUAAGGUUACGGUUUAAUGAUUACAUUACUGUCGAUAAAAAUGUUACAAAGAAUAUAAACUAUGUAUUUUGAAAAUAUUCAUUUAUCUAAGAAUUUGUGCAAGUUUAUUCAAAAGAUUUUAUACACAUAAAAUAACAAAGUUAUAUCAUCUACAGUGUAUGUAGUUUCAAAAAUCGUUUAUAUUAUGAUUAAUGCAAUUUAUUCCAAAGAUUUUGUAUACAUACAUGAAUACUGAGAUGAAUAGGUAUUAGUCUACUGAUUUAAUUGAUUAGUAAUUGAUCAUUUAUAUUGUCUGCAGGAUCUAUGCAAGGUUUUUGUGUAUUAUAUAUAGUCAUGAUAAUAAUAUAAUGGCUGAAUUUAUCA